ACCCGUAUUCUCAGAUGUCACUCAAGAUUUCCUCCACUCGACUCAACCUCGGUUGAGGAUUUUUGGUAUUCAUAGUUGACAUUUACGUCCUCGACUUAUGGUUCUUCCUCACUGGAGGUGAGUAAAAAUUGAGGAAUGAACUGUCAAAUGUAAGGUACCUCGUGACCAACCUUAAGGACUACUCAACGCUUGAAAUCCGUGCGAACGCUUGUUGUGACGAUACUUUUUAUAUUACAAACUUCGAUUUUUGUUAUUAAAAUGAGUGAUAGUGACUUAUAUAGUGACUUUGAAGAGUUUAUGGAUUAUGUUUAUGAUAAUCCUUACGAUUAUCCGGCGCGGAAAUAUAUCAGAGACGCUCAAAACCCUUUGGAAUGUUACGACGAAGAACAAUUUCAAAAACGCUUUCGAUUUAGGAAAGAUACCGUUGUUCAUAUGAUAUUGCCACUGAUUGGAUUGCAAUCAAAUGUAACCAACAAAGGGUUACCUUUACCACCCAUAUUGCAACUACUCAUAGCGUUAAGAUUUUAUGCUACAGGAAACUUCCAGAUUGUUUGCGGAGACCUGCAUAAGAUCAGUCAGCCAGUUGUAUCUAAAAUCGUGGCUAAGCUAUCGAAAAUAUUAGCAAUGAAAGUAGUUGAGUUUAUCAAGUUCCCUGGAGCACACGAGAGAGCCAACGUGAAGAGAGCAUUUUACCAACGUGCUCAAUUCCCAGGGGUAAUCGGGUGCAUUGACUGCACUCACGUACCAAUUAAAAAUCCGAGUCGGGAAAAUGGAGAACUUUUCAGAAAUAGAAAAGGUGAGUUCUCUAUAAAUGUACAACUAAUAUGCGGGCCACAAAUGUUGAUUUACGACAUUGUGGCGAGGUGGCCAGGAUCUGCCCAUGAUUCCCGCAUAUUCAGCAACAGCCGUUGUAGUAUGCGCUUUGAAGAAGGGGAUUUAGUAGGUGCUGGCAUACUUUUAGGGGACAGUGGAUAUGCACAGUCUUUUAUUUAUUUAUUUAUUUAUAAAGUACAACCACAUCACAUAUAUUAAAACAUUUUACAUAUAAGGUUACGGUACGGUAUUAUGACUAAUAUAUAUGAAAAUUACGGCGUACAUAACUUAUACAAUUAAGGGUACUUAAGUAUUUAAAAAUAAAGUAAAAUUAAAAUUACACAACAAAUUUAAAAAUUAGAAAUUAGAAAGAUAUAAGUAUAAGUAAAAAAAGUAAAAUAUAAGUAAGUAAUUAAUAUCUGUUGAGCUUUAAAUAAUCUAAAAUUUUUCUCAUAUAUAUAUUCAGCGGAUCAUGGAACACAUCAAGAUCUAAGAUUUUGUUACAAAAAGAGUUGUAUUCUUUAAAAGUUCUGGUUAGCGGGGCUUGAAGACCAAGAUUCGUUUUACAGCGGGGAGUAUAAAAUAUAUUUGUUAUUUUAUGUCUGGUAUACUUAUAUGGCACGCUGAGUGAGAUGCUCUCGUGAAGGUGAUAGCAUUGUAUAACUCCAUUCACAAGUUUGUGCAGAAAGCACAUAUCCAACAAUAGUCUACGAUCGCGUAAGCUUAUCAUGUUGAACUUAUCCAAGCGUUGUUGGUAAGGCUGUCUGUGGGAGAAUCCGCUGGUGUGAAAUGCCAAGUACCUGGUGAAGGCGCGUUGUAUGCUCUCAAUACGUUGUGAGUGUACUGCGUAAAAUGGACUCCAUGCGAUACUUGCAUACUCGAGAUGGCUGCGUACAAGAGCGUUGUAAAGAAGAGUCUUGGUUUUAUUUUGUUUAAAACCAAUACAGUUUCUUUUAAGGAAUCCAAGCAUCUGAGCCGCCUUAGUAACAACUUUGUCUGUAUGUGUGAUGAAAUUUAAUUGACACGACACAGUCGUCUUACACGUAUACUCCCGUGCUAAAUCCACAAACACCAGAUCAGGAGCGCUACAACAGAUCCCAUAUCAGUACUAGAAAUAUUAUAGAAAGGCUGAAUGGUGUCCUGAAAAGAAG